AUGGUGAGCAGCAUCGGCAUCCGCCUGGACGCGUUCGCCCUGUUUACCUCACUCUGGCUGUGCGGCAUGUUUCUGCUGCGGCGGUGCUACCUGGCCAAGGUGUGGGCCUUUUACGUGGCCUACCUCUGCUUCGUGCUUCCGCUGCAAUACGCCAUGGUCAUGGGCAUUCCUCCGGGACUGUGCACCGCGGACUUCAUACAACUUCUCUUCGCGUGCUGUCAGUUGUAUGUCUUCUUUCUCGAGUCCUCAGCCGGAGUGCACGACGGAGGAUCCAACGGAGAGAUUUACGACAGGAAGGGAUGCUUUGUUGGCCAAACUCCGAACCCUAUGUCAGACUUUGUCACCUACAGGAGGUCUUACUUGUCAACGGUAAAGGUGUUUUUGUUCUUCCCUUUGUACUGGAUCACCCUGGCGGUGAUGUUCCUGGCGGGCACCAACCGCGUCAGCAUUUUCGCCAUGGGCUACGUCCUGGGCUGCUUUUUCUUCCUCUGGAACGGCAACGAGUUCUACCUCAAGCCCAUGAAAGUCCUGCUCAAAAUGUGGAACGCGUUGCUUGCCUACAACGUGGUAGUUAUUUUCAUCAAAUCAAUUCUCCAGAUGGUGGGCUGCGUUUUUUUCGAAUACAUUGACAAUUACUCAUGCUGGUUGGUGCAACUUUUUGGCAUUGCUUGCUUGAGAAAAAGGAGGCAGGAAUAUUCUGGGUGGCCCGAGCGUGGAACGAAUGCCAACACUGAAGACGGCGUCUGUCGUGUGCCUCUGGACGAGGCUGGUCUGCUGUGGGACGGCAUCUGCCUGACGUUUCUGCUGGUGCAGAAGCGCCUGUUCACUUCCUACUAUUUCCACCAUCUGAUCAUUGAAAUCCUGGCGCAGCAGCAGCUGGCGUCUAGGGGCGCUGAGCUCAUCAAUGAAAUGCAGGUCAAGGGUGUGCAAGAGCAACGUGCCGCCGACAAAGAGAUCAUGGAGAAGAUAAAGCGCAAGAUGGACAAGAUCCGUGCCGCCCAACAAAGAGUGCGGGGUCAUGAGUAUGGCGAGCCGCAGACCCACUUCCAGGCCCUUCGGUCUGGUGACUACUACUUCUUUGAGGACUUCGCCGACAUGGACAUCGACCUCGAAGUGGAAACAAAAAAACAGAAGACCGAUGAGGAAGACGCUGACGUCAAAUUUCGUGGCCUCAAUGCGCUGCUUACCAACGCUAUGAGAACCCGUACCAUUAAAGGCGCGCAAGAAACAGCCAGGAGAGGCAGCCAGGAAUUCACCGAAGACUAUGGAGAGUUGGAUGCGACACCUCUCAGCACGAGUCAUCCUGCACCUACUCAGAUCUCUGACACAGCGGUCAUCUCAAGUGUUGAGGCAUCGAGAAGCGGAGCUGUUCCGUCGUCCAAUGAGCUAUUCCAGGCGGCUCCUCAAGUUCACCCGGCCACCGAAACUCCCACUGAGCGGACAGAGCAGCGGAAUACCGAGGAUGAGUUUUUGCUGGCGAGCGAAGCUAAACGAACCCUUCCCAAUGAGGACACACUCACGGACAAGGUGAGAAAAGCCAUUAGAGACAUGUGA